UCUCUUUUCUUUCUCUCUCUCUUUCUUUCUUUCUUUCUUUCUCGGACUCACAUUCUCUCUCAUAAAUCUCAUUCUUCACCAAGAACCAGAAAAUCCCAAAGAAACCAAUCAGCGUUAACUCAUCGUAUGAUGUCGAAUCUAUAAUCUCACAACCAGUUUGUUUUUUGCUUGCAAUCAGGCAAAUUUCGGGAUUUUAUUGCUGUGAAAUAAAGAAAAUGGACAGGGCAUAUGAGGAGCUACAUGAUGCUAAAGCUGAGAUUGAGAAGCUCAAGGCAGAAUACAAAAGCAAAGCAGAAUUGUGUGAGAACUUGAAGAAAACCCACAAUGAACAACUCAUCAAACUACAGGAGGCAAGUCUGAAAAUUGAGAAGCAAUCUCAAGAAUUAAAUGACAAGACACAAGAAAUCUCUGAGGUUAAGCAAAUGUGUGAGGAACUUAAAUGCAGUUUCAAUGAAAAAGAGUUUAUCAUUAAACGUCUGAGUGCUGCAAAUGAUAAGCAUCGAGCUGAUUAUGAUGAGAAGUGCCUUAAAUGGGAAAAAGAAAACAGAGAUUUGAUGUUAGCUUUAGAUGAGGCCAAUGAGAAGAUCAUGGAUCAAGAGCAAAGCAUUCGGGCACAUAAGGAAGAGAUUGAAGGCCUCAAAGGGUGUCUAUCAGUUUCUCAGAAGAAGUGUUCAGAAGCAGAGAAAAGAGCUAAAGCAUCUAAAGAACUGAGCGUAAGAGAUGAUAUGUUGCUCAAUCUAGAGGAUGAGAACAGGAAGCUUAAAGAUCAGCUAAAAUGGAAAAAGGAGCAUUUUGCACAUCUAGAAGAAGCACAUGAAAAGCUACGAAAUCAGUUCAGGGCAAGUAAGAAGGAAUGGGAGCAGGAGAAAUCUUCAUUGUUUGAUGAGAUUUGCUCUCUACAGACAAGCUUAGAUUCUCAAACCAGAAUCUCAGAAGAUCUGAAAAACAAGCUAAAAAUGUGCAACCAAGCCCUGGCUCAUGAAGAAAGCCGGAGGAAAUAUCUGGAAGUUCAAGUUUCUGAAUUCCAGACACGGUUUGAGAAUGCUUUUACAGAGUGCCAGGAUGCAAAAUCACUACUGGACUGCCUCACUACUGACAGGGACAAUGAAAUUUCAGCGCUAAGGCAUUCGCUGGGCACAAAAGAGACCAUUUAUAAAGAAAUGAAAUAUCAAGCGAGGAAACUAGAGCAAGAAAAUAAGGAGUUGCGGAUAUCCCUCCGAGAACUUCAGGAAGCUCAAAUACAAGAAUCAGGAGCUUCCUCUUCUCUAGCUAAGCUACGAAACAAGCUCAAAAGUUUGGAGCAGAUGCAUAGAGAGUGUACUCCAAAUCUUAGGGCUAAAGAAGCUGAGUUGAGUUCUCAACUGGAAAAAUUGGGGGCAGAGCUGAAUGACUGUCAGUCUGAGUUGGAGAAUAAAGAUGCUGCAAUAAAUGAGCUUAGGAUGGAGUUUGAAACUUGUCAGUCCUUGGCUAUGCAGUUGAAGCUGGAGAAUGAGGAGCUAAAACUAGGAAUUUAUGAGGCUCAACUGGAAAAACUGGGGGCAGAGCUGAAUGACUGCCGGUCUGAGUUGGAGAAUAAAGAUGCUGCAAUAAAAGAGCUUAUGAUGGAGUUUGAAGGUUGUCAGUCCUUGGCUAUGCAGUUGAAGCUGGAGAAUCAGGAGCUAAAACUAGGAAUUUCCGAGGCUCAAUUGAAGCUUGCAAAUGAAAAGGCUAAAAUGGAUGUACGUGACAAAGAGAGAGAAGAGAGUAUUUCUCUAUUGAUGAAGCAGCUGGAGAUGACGAAUGCUGCCCUUUCUGAGGCUCAAUUGAAGCUUGCAAAGGAAAAGGCUGAACUGAUUGUAGGUGACAAAGAGAGAGAGGAUAAUGUUUCUUUAUUGAUGAAGCAGUUGGAGAUGAAGAAUGCCGCUCUGGUUAGAGCCCAGAUAGAUAUCAGAGAAGAACGUGAGAAGGCAGAAUCAUUAUUGAGGAAGGUUGAGUCCUUGGAAGUCAUUGAAGAGCAGCAGCUUUUAAUGCAGAAAGAACUUGAGAGUUACAGGGAGAUGAAGAAUACCGCUUUGGUUAGAGCCCAGACAGAUAUCAUAGAAGAACGCAAGAAGGCAGAAUUGUUAUUGAGGAGGGUUGAGUCCUUGGAAUUCAUUGAAGAGCAGCAGCUUAUAAUGCAGAAAGAACUUGAGAGGUACAGGGAAAUGCUUGAGGAAUCGUCCAGGUGUCAACUUCUCUUGAAAGAACAAGUUUUGCAGAUUGAGAGCAGCUCAAAGGAGAAACUUACAGAAGUUUGUGAUGCCUUAGAGAGAGCAAAUACUGAAUUAGCUGAGAAAAUAUGUGAAGAAAAUGAAAUUGAAUUUGAAUUGCAGAUUUGGAAAUCAAAGGCAGAACAUUUGAAAGGUGAACUUGAAGAAAAUCAUGAAGUGCGGAAAGAGCUAGAAGCUUCUCUUCUGGCACAAAUAGAUGUUGGGGAAACAAUCAAGCAAGAGAAAAAUGGCCUCGUACAGAUGUUAGAAGAGAAAGACGUAAGAAUGGAUAAUCUCCAGCAACAGAUUUUGUUACAGGAACAAGAGCUCAAAAAAAGGGAAGCAGAAGCUGCUAGUUUUGCAGGAAUGGAGACAGCAAUGUCCUUCGAGUCAGAGAAAACGAGCUUUUUCCAAACUAUGACAGAGAAGGACAAGAUUCUAGAGCAACUCGAGAAAGAGGUUGGGUGGCUGGAGCAAGAAUCAUUGAGAAGAGAACUUGAAAGUGCUAUUCUCUCACAAAUUGUUGCAGAGAGAACAUUUGAGCAUGAGAAAGAGAAAAUUAUCCACCUCCUAGACGAGAAAAACCAGAGAAUAGAUGAUCUCAUGCAGUUUGUGAAGUCAUUGGAACAAAAGUUUAAUGGCUCAUUAGUCUCUUUUUCUUCACAGCUUGCUGAGAAGCAGGCAGAGAUUAAUUUGGUCCAUGAAGCUUGGGAGAGGAUUGCUGCAGCUGAAAUUUUGGCUCUACUAGAAGUUGAAGAGAAGAAGUUGAUGGUUGAGGAACUUGAAGAUGAUAUCCGUAACAUACAACAGAAAUUGGAAUUGCAGGAAAGAUCUUUAUGUCAUUCAAGACAGCAGGCACUGGAAAUUGAAGCUGAACUGGAUGCAAAACAAUUGGAAAUGAAGAAUUUGACUACUCAAAUGGAGACAAAGCUGCAAACUUCAGAUGCCUUCAUUAAUGAACUAAAGAGCGAAAAAAGAAGUUUACUUGAAGAUGUCAUGAAAUUGUCGUCGGAUAGAGAAAACUUAUUGGGUUUUAUUGCGGGCCUGAGUGACAGGAUUAGUGAGUUGUCUGCUGCGGACUCACAAAUGAUGGGUGUUUUGAGCAAUUUGGUGCACUCUUUUGACAAUAACAGUUCAGGGAUGGUUCUGAAGGAGGAUGACGAACUAUUGCAGUCUGUAAAAGAGAACUUGAAUAUUCAAUCGUCUCCUUCAACAAAGAAAUAUGAAGCCAUUUCUGAUGCAAGACCACCAUUUAGAGAGCGCAACAACUAGCUGCAAAGAAGCUAUGUAAUAUAUAGCUUGUUUGACACAGUAUUGCUUCCUCAUACAUAUGUUUUCGGUUAAGGCGUGGUCCAUGAUAAAGCUUUGAUUCCUUUUAGCUUCUUUGUAUAUGACUAAUUUGUGCAUGUAUAAGCAUUUUGUUCUUGCAUUGACAAAUUACCACGAAUUCAGAUUUGUUUAUUUGAAGGACCAGAAUGUUUCUAUAACUUGUAACUCAAACCUACUAUUAACAGAAGUUGCUUUUACUUACA